GGGUGGCCGCCAUCUCCUCUCAUUAACGUUGUUACUGGUCAUGGCCGCUUCGUGCGUGACCGUGACCAAUGCAGGUCUGUUCGACAAGGAACGUGUCGAGAUCACAAACAUGUUGGAGCACAACAAGAUCCUCAAGGUUCACUGCAAGUCCGACGAGGACGAUCUCGGGUUCCACCUGAUCCCUCCGGGUGAAACCUACGAGAUCGUGUUUCACGACAACCUUUUCGACACGACCGUUUUCUGGUGCAACCUUUGGCAAGGUCCCCAUUACAAGCACCACCAGGUGUUGACGGUCUACGACCAGUCUCAGGGAAUUGCUCCGAUGCACGGCAACAGGAUCGUGUGGGAAGCGUGGGAGCUCGGCAUCUUUGAGCAUAUGGACGACAACAUUCGGCUGUUACGAUACCGUUGGGACAUUCCCCAUAAAGCCAGUUCCCCUUUGAGUUCUGUUGACGAGAAUUUGUCUCCUCAUUAGGGUUUUUGUGUGUGUGUGGGUGUGGGUGUGUUUGUUCGUCUUAAAAUGGGUGAGAUAUCAAUAAGAUAAAAAAAAAAUAAUAUAAUAAAGAGGAUUGUACUCUAUAAACGCAGUAAAAUGGA